AUCAAAACAGUGUUCGUUUAGAAAACAAAAACAGAAGAAACAAGAGAGAAAACAGUGAAAUCGAUUUCUUGUGAGAAGACUCAGUGGAGGAAUGGGGAGCAAAACCAGGCCAAUAUUUCCAAUGCCCGGAUCACAGCACUACAGCGACUAUGGCUUCGAUUCUCAGUUCGAUUAUUUCCAGGUCUUGGAGGAGGCGAGGAGGCAUGGGAAACGAGGGGAAACGAGGGGAACAAUAGAAGGGCAUCAUUUCAAGCUACAAAAGCCCAUCUCAAAAGACGAUUCCCGGGCGAGAUCUAAGAAACGUAAGCAGUGGUGGAAAACCGCGUUUCUCUUCUGGAAACGAAAGAACGCGAGGGGAAACGAGAACAACCGGAUGGAUUCAGGUCACCGGGACUCCACUCACCGGGCCGUGUCGGGACCGUUGUAUUUGACCGAGAGUCUCGGUUCGAGGACGCCGUGUCGGUCCAACCGGUCCGGUUCGGGCCCGCUCCGGUUCAGCCCGGCCGAACGGGCUGGAAUCCCGUAUCUGAACCUCAGAGAAUUCAAUGUGAUUGAGAGUCACCGGGUUUCUGCCACGUCAGCACAUCCGCACGUGCCGGUUUACUUGGUCACGUGAUUCAUUCUUCUCGUCACUCGCGUAUUAUUAUUAUUAUUAUUAUUAUUUUUAUUUUUUUUUGGGGUUGUGACUUGUGAUUGGUUGUGUGAUCACUGUGAUGUGGUUUGUUGCUCACCGCGAGUGAGCAGAUGCAUGUGAGAAGACGUUUGUUUUGUUGUAUUUUGGUUUGGAAGUAUUGAGUUUUAUUAGAUUUUA